AUGCUGGCGGCGCCGGUGCCGGGGAGCCUCCCGCUGCGCACCUACCGCGAUUCGAUCCGUAGAGUCUCCGUCUCCGGCAGCCAGUGCAGGUCGGCGCUGCUGUUAUUCACCUCGAGCAGCGACACUGAGGCGGGAGAUGGAGCCUACUGCUGGUCGAGCGCGAGCUCCGCCUCCAGUCCGUGUCCGUCCUUGGAUGCAUGGGCCCGUUGCUCGCCCUUGUCCUCGUCCUUCUCCUCCGGCUGGGAGGCUGCAGAAGACCCUGAUGGAGUCGAGGAGCUCCGCGCCAUCGCGCUGCAGAUGGUCCACGACGGCUACAUGCAGGGCCUCAUCCGAGCGUUCGGUGAUGGUCGCUCCUCAUCGGCACACCGCCGCGGUCUCGGCUUCGGCCUCAAAGAGAGCCUUUUGGGGAGCUGGUUCUCGGAGCUGGACGUGGAGUGGGUACUCAGUAUCGGGAAAGGAGACCGGGAGCAGCUGCACCUGGAGGAUGGAUUCGCCUCCCUCCUGGAUAUGAUGGAGAGGUGGAUCAAAGCUCUCAAGACCAUGGUGCAGGUGUUCUGCAUCACGCAGCAGGAACUCCGCGCCAAGCGGCCGACCGUCGCCGUCGGCGGGGUCAGGAAGGCCAUCUGGCACUUCAUGCUGCUGGCCACCGGAAAAAUGGACGAGCGCGAGCAGGAGGUGGCCCAGUUCGUGCGGUUCGCCGAGGCAAGCAUCCUCAGGAUGCUUGACUUCGUGGACGCCGUGGCUGACGCCGCUCUAAACGACGACCAGGCGCCGGAGAUGCUCCCGGGGAUGUUGCUGGUGUACACCUGCGUCGUGGAUGACUCGCCGGCCGUCCUGGCCUUGUUCGAAGAGGCGUCCAUGGCCAGCUCCAUGUUCGACGCCAUGAACUCUGUAUUCCUACGGAAGAUGAACAGGCUGAGCGAUGCCAUAUGGAGCAUGAUGGAGAAAGUCAGAGCUUCCUUCGUCACUGACGACAGCUGGAGAGUCUCAUCGGCAGAGGCCGGUGGCGUCCACAAGACCACCAGGCUGAUGAUGAACUAUAUCAUGCUGCUGUCGCGAAACGAACGUGCGCUCAGUCUCAUCCUGCAGGACCAACAACGACACUUGUCUCAUCAACCCGAUUACUACUCAAGCUCGGUUGAUAUCCUCAUCAAGGAUAUGAUCUCUUGCUUGGAGAAGCAGCUGGAGAAGACAUCAAAUUUUAUCUCCGACCCUGGAUUGCGGUACAUAUUCUUGAUGAACAACUGCAGCUUCAUUUCGCAGAAGGUUUCGUCCUUGCUCCUGCCGUCCUGGACUCUGUUCGAAGAUUACAAGAUCGACAGGCCCAAAAAACGAGAUCCCAGAGAAAGACCUCCCCCAAUGGAAGAUUACGUUAACCAGCCAGAUCCAAAUCUUCAGGAGCAAAUAGAAACGGACUCAAAUCUGGAUGGCCUUCUCAUGAUCCAGAGCUUCAUAGAAGCUUACCUCGACGCCUCUUGGGAGCCAGUGAUGUCUUGCUUGUACCAUGACAUACCUCGCGGCUUCCUGAAGCUUGGCGGGAGGCUGGAUAAAUUCGAAACAGAGUUCGAUGAAACUUACAAGAAGCAAAAGCAGUGGAAGGUUCCAAACCCUGAGCUUAGGAAGAGAUUGCGCAAAGCCAUCGUUGAGAAAGUCAUUCCAGGUUACAGCAAGUACUUCGCGGAGCGAACAGCCAAGGGGAAGAGCAAUAGGCCACCCAUCAACACUCCCCUUGAAUUGGGGGAGCAAUUGGAAGAGCUGUUCGAAGGAUGA